AGAGGACAUAAAAAAUUGCCAGAGAUACAGACUUAAAAAAGUUGCUAUUUCCAUUGAAAUAGUAAAUCCUUGCGGAUUAAUUUGUUUGCAAUUCUUAAUUUUAUAUUUUUUUGCCUUUGUGAAAAGGCUAUUUACCAGUAAGUACCACGCAGUACUAUUUUUGUCCAAAAAUAAGGUGGCAAUGGCAACCCUAAAUAAGAUGUCAUGUCAAAGUCAAAUCUCUUUGUUGACGUUUUGUCAAAAACUCAAAAUGUCUCAUUGCACAGCACAUUUCCCGGCUUUCCGCUAUUUUUAUUGAAACAAACAAAACUAUUGGUUUAAUUAUCACCCCGUCAAAAAUGUACGGAGAAAAUUUAAAAGCAUUUCUGACAGCGUUAGAUGUUGUCAAACAAGAUUACAUCUGUGGAUUUUGUGGUGAACUGUGCAAAGAUCCUAUCACGCUGAGUAAAUGUUUUCACAUGAUAUGUUCCCAGCAUUUCUCUAUUUUGAGGAACUGCCCUGUUUGUAACGUUUCCUUAGAAGGAUGUAACACCUUUUCUGAUCAUCGGGUCGAGAAAUGUAUUGAAUCUGCUAAGGAAUUGGACGUGAUUUUUAAAAACAUGAAGUCCGACGAACUUGGUUCUGCCAAAGAGCCUACCAAGAAAGGUAAUGCUUCUAAAACGAUUUCGAAGAGCACAAAAGAAUCUAAGAAUGUUGAGAAAGUUACAAGGAAAGCAAGUAAAAAUAUUCUCUCCGACAAAACCAAUCAAGCCACUAAAAAUGAAAUGGAUUCUUCUUUUGUGUCCAGCCUGAGUACGAAGGCUACUGAAAAACGGAACCAAAAAGGUGAAACUUUACUACACAUUGCCUGCAGGUUUGGUAAGAUGGAUAAAGUAAUGGAGUUACUAAGUAAUGGAGCUAAUACUAAUACAAAAGAUUAUGCAGGCUGGACCCCGCUACAUGAAGUUGUACAAAAUGGCAAUUUGGAUCUUGUGAUACUAUUGCUUCAAUACAAUGCUAUGGUCAAUGUCCCGGGACAGAGUAAUGAGACACCCUUACAUGAAGCUGUAAGGUACAAUCAUGUGGAUAUCGUAAAAGAAUUGGUUCGGAAUGGGGCUGAUAUCAACUCAAGGAAUUGUAAAGGUGAGACUCCAAUGCAGCUAGCUUCAGAUGAUAUGAAAAAGGUACUAUUAGAUGCUGCAAAUGAUGUAGUACACACACAAACUGUGAAUGUGACACUCAUGUCUGAAUUAUAUUCCAAAUUAGAUUAUGAGGAUAUUAGAGUAUAUUGUUCUUCAGAACAGCGCAAGAUUAUUAAUAAACUGAAGUUAUUAGCUAAACAUCAUUCGAAUUUGAAUAUAGAAUUUAAAUUUACAAAAAAAGUUACACAUAUAAUUGUGGACUCUGAUGAUAAUGGGAUCUGUACUUCUAGCAUAGAUAUACUACUGGGUAUUGUUAGUAGUGUGUGGAUAUUAUCUGCACAAUGGGUUUUAAAAUCCACUGAAGAAAAAUUGGAACCAUUUGAAAAGUAUGAGGUAGCUGGUGUUGGCUCAAAGACAUAUAACGGUCCUAAAAACUCAAGAUAUAACAAAUAUAAGCAGUUACCAGGUCUUUUCAAUGGCUGCCAUAUUUACUUACACAAUUUUAAUACAAAAUAUGAAAUAACUAAAUCUAUAAUAGUUACGAAAGCAAUUCUGACUAAAUUGAUCAUGGAUGCAGGUGGAAUUGUACUCAGGAGAGUGCCAAAUCCAGAGUCCAUUCCAGAAUCUGAGAAAUUAGUGCCAUAUCAUGCUCGAAAAGAUGGUAAACUCAGUAACUGUGCUCACUAUAUUGUCUUCAAAGAUAUUUAUGAGCCAAUGUACAAUAUGAACCAUUUAAAAGCUUUGCCAGUUGGUUGGCUCAUAGAGUGUAUUGAGAAAUAUGAACUUUGUGAACCAUUAGCAUAUAGUUAUGUGUAAAAACUUAACAGAGUUUCCAGAAUUGAAAUUUAAUGAGCAUUAAAAAUUUUUAAUAAAUAUAAAAAAUAAAUUAUUAAAUAAU